UCUAAUAUCUUUGAAGUUUAUACGAUGCAAAAAAUUUGUGCAUAGAAAGUGCAAGUAAAACAAACAAAUUUAGCGUUUUGCGAGUUGUUGCGAGACUUUUGUGAUAAAAAAUAUAAGUACCAAAUUCUGUUUUUAAAUCACAUUUAAUUGAAAUGAUAUAACUUCGAAUGGAAUUCCUGAAGUGUCAAAUAAAUUUGUCGAUCUCCUAAUUGAUACAGAGACAUAUGUAUUCUUUUCAUAAAAUUUUUCGAUUUUAAAUGGAGCAUUUAAUCUCCUCACAUAUAAGGAUAGUACAGAUGCGAUGACCAAUGUUCUUGGCUGUGGUGAAGGUAUUAACAGUGAGGACAGUAAUAAUGGAUAGUCUAUUUACUCAAAAUGUUCUCGACGAAACAGAGGACAUACCGCAAACAGAUGAACCUAUUUGGAUUCUUGGCAAGAAAUACAAUGCUUUAAAAGAGCUCGAUAUGAUACGUAGAGACAUCCGAUCCAUGCUAUGGUUUACUUAUCGCAAAGGUUUUAUUCCCAUCGGUGGUUGUAACUCCACAUUUACAUCUGACAAAGGUUGGGGCUGUAUGUUAAGAUGCGGUCAGAUGGUUCUUGCCCAAGCUUUAAUUACAUUACAUUUAGGUAAAGAUUGGCAAUGGAUGCCAGAAACAAAGAACAGCACAUAUUUGAAAAUUUUAAGCCGCUUUGAAGAUAAAAGAGCUGCUGCUUUUUCCAUUCAUCAAAUUGCAUUAAUGGGUGCAUCAGAAGGAAAGGAAGUAGGACAAUGGUUUGGCCCUAAUACCAUUGCACAAGUAUUAAAAAAAUUAGUCGUAUAUGAUGAAUGGAGCUCCAUCACUAUACAUGUUGCACUAGACAAUACAUUAAUAAUUAAUGAUAUUUUAAGACAGUGUAGGAUAGAAGGUGGUACGACCGCGGAAAUAGAUGGAGAAGUACCUUUAAAGGCACCUGGCCAAUGGAAACCUUUAUUAUUGUUAAUUCCAUUACGCCUUGGACUCAGCGAGAUUAAUCCUAUAUACAUUAAUGGACUUAAGACGUCAUUUAAGAUUACACAGUCCAUGGGAGUGAUUGGAGGAAAACCCAAUCUUGCUUUAUAUUUUAUAGGCUGCGUAGGGGAUGAAGUGAUUUAUUUGGAUCCUCAUACUACACAGAAAUCAGGUAGUAUUGAAGACAAGAUGAAUGAAGAAGAAGUUGAAAUGGAUACUACAUAUCACUGCAAAUCAGCUAGUCGCAUUCCUAUUACAGGCAUGGAUCCUUCUGUGGCACUCUGCUUCUUCUGUGCUACAGAAAAAGAAUUUAAAUCUUUAUGUAAAUCAAUGCAAGAAGAAUUAAUUUUGCCUGAGAAACAACCAUUAUUUGAGCUCUGCAAAGAACGUUUAACACAUUGGACACCAGCAGAUGAUGUUGCUUCUGAAGCAAUAGCAACUUCUAGUUUUGUGGACUUUGAACACGUUGAGCGUCAGUAUGACACAUCUGAUGAAGACUUUGAACUGCUUGGUUGACGUCUACCUAAACUACCUAAUAUUACAACAAAAUGUAACUUUAUAUAGUGCGGAUAAUCGAAUUCAUUAAUACAGAAAUAUGAAAGAUAUAAUAUAUAGAAAGCAAAUAAUAUGAUUUUGAUAACAGAAGAGAAGAAUGAGGAUAAUAAUAAAAAGAUUAAAGAGAUUCACAUAGAAAAAAAUAUGUGUGACAUCUAAAUGAAGAUCAAUGUGGAGAAGAUAAAAGAUGGUAUGAUAUUUAAAAAGAAAAAUAAGAAGAAAAAUAAAAUAAACUGAAGUUAGGAGGAAAAGAAGAUAGAAAAAAAUGAAAUGAAUAAAAUAUUUUGAAUACAUGUUUUAAUCAAAAAGCAUAACAUAUAAGAAACAGACUUGAGAAAGGAGAUGACAGCUAUGAGAUAAAUAUAAAGCAUAAAAAAAGAAUGUUUCAAAAAGAUACAAAGAGAAUUUAAAACACAAAGACAUUAUAAUUGUUUAGCAUUUUAAUUGGCAUGGUAUUAAAAUACGAAGCGGAAAGAAUGUGAGAAUGUAGAAAAAGAAGAGGAAUAGAAAGAGUAAAGAAAAAAUAAGACUUGGAGA